CCCACCGAGAAUCGUUUUCCUUGUGUUCUCUGCUGUGAUUGCGUGCGUUUUCUUUUCUUUUCAUCAACAAAAAUAAAAUAAAAUCUCCCCUGCAUUUCAAAGCGUUACAUCGCCGGCCGGGGAGGAUCCGAAUCCGAUUUCAUCUCAGGGCUUGUGGGCAUGGCUUCAAAACGGAUCUUGAAGGAGCUUAAGGAUCUUCAGAAGGAUCCUCCUACUUCUUGCAGCGCCGGGCCUGUUGCUGAGGACAUGUUUCACUGGCAAGCCACAAUCAUGGGCCCUCCAGACAGCCCUUAUGCUGGUGGAGUUUUCCUUGUUACUAUCCAUUUUCCACCAGAUUACCCAUUUAAGCCACCCAAGGUGGCUUUCAGGACAAAAGUUUUCCAUCCAAACAUAAAUAGCAACGGAAGCAUAUGCCUUGACAUUUUGAAGGAACAGUGGAGCCCUGCGCUGACGAUUUCAAAGGUGUUGCUGUCAAUCUGUUCCCUGUUAACGGACCCAAAUCCCGACGAUCCAUUGGUGCCAGAGAUUGCACACAUGUACAAGACGGAUAGGAACAAAUACGAGAGCACUGCAAGGAGCUGGACACAGAAGUAUGCCAUGGGCUAAGCUUGCUUUGGUAUGUUCAAGGGAAUGCUACCCUAUGCUUUCUGUAGCUUGAUUCUUGCGUUUUGUGUUUGAUUAGUCAGUCUGUUCUUUUGUGUUCCGAGAGGGCAGGGGGGGAGUUUGUGGUGGGAGAGAGGAAAUAUACCGAUGCUGCUCUUAAUUGUUUGUAUCUGUGAUGUGAUUUGUGAAAGAAACCAUUGCCUUCUCCCCCAUAUGUUUGCGCUAACUUUACUUAUAUUACAUAUAUAUUGUCGGUUUCAGUUACAACUUA